GUGAUAGCGCGGGAGGCAACCUCAUAACCGGCCUCACCAUUAAGUGUCUGGAGUUAGGGAUUCGGCCACCAGAUGGUCUCUUCCUUGCCUAUACUCCGUUUGUAUUUGAGUUGGUCCCAUCGCCUGCCAGGCUACUUGCUGUCAUGGACCCUAUGCUGCCUCUGGGAUUUGCUCUUCGGUGUCUAAAAGCUUAUGCUGGUGUGCCAAGUGGAGGAACAUCACUAGCAACCACUCCAGGUGAUGCUACCAUAUCAACACCACCCCUGCAUACCCCAAAGCUCCCCGCUACACCAGAGCAUUGCGAGGGAACCCCCGAAAUGGCACCAGCAACACUAGAUGCAGCUUUAGAAGUACCCCAGGGCAGAGUCUCUGACACCCAGAGUGACAACGAGUCAUUUGUAGAGGUUUCAGAGAGCGAUGUUAAAGAAGCUGAAUCCUUAGUCAAGAGCCCUUCAUUUGUUUCUGAGCCAGGCUCGGAUACCCUUACGACUGUCUCACUCACGUCCGAGGCCUCCAAAAUGGACGAUUCCUCAACAAGGAAAAGCAAUGGCAAUGGAAGUCAGAAACCGCAGGAGAAGGAAGAGAGAUCCAGAAGAUAUGUAACAGAAUUUUUAGAAAAAUAUGUUCUGGACUCACGUACAGAUAAGCAGGGUCGCAGAGUCCCCAUCCUUCGCACAGGAAGUGAGGAAAGUGAACAGGAUGAUGAAACUGUCCUAUUUGAGGCCCCUGGUGUAGGUGCAGGAAUUACAGCCAAGCUAGGAAGAGCUAAAGAUGCUGUAGUUAGUGGUAUAUCUGCUGGUCUCACAUCCUUUGGGCUCAAGAGAAAAGAAAGUGCCUCGUCUCCAUCAUCGCCAACUCAACCAUUCCCCAAAGCUGUUGCUGAAAAACGACCAUCCCUUGGUCAGAUCUUGAUGGGCAAAAGUCCUGAACGCAGAAGCAGUCGAUGCAGUCUCACUGAGGAGUUUAGUGGAGUAGAAAUUAUCCAUGACCACUACUUGAGUCCUCUGACAGCUCCCAAGGAAAUACUUGCAAAAUUUCCACCUUGUGCAAUUUUAACUGUUGAAUAUGAUUUCUGUCUGGAUGAUGAUGUCACUAUGGCCAAGACAUUGAAAUCCCUCAAUGUCCCAGUCACCAUUGACAUUUUGGAGCGCCUUCCUCAUGGCUUCCUCAGCCUCUCCAUGGUAUCUCAGGAGGCGCACGUUGGUUGCAAGAGGGCUAUUUAUCGCAUCCAAGAACUGCUUGGGUUGACGGAAGAUACUCAAGUCAAAGAAAAUGAUAAAAGUUAGAUAUUAACUCUACAGUUAAGAUGUAAGAUGAGUGAGACCUUCUCAUACUUUCCCUGUUAUAUAUUAAUUUAUUGUAAACCUGUACUAUGCAUUUUGCAGCGUUUGAAAUAGCAUAAUAAGAUGUACAGUUUAUUUUCUCACAGAAAAUUGGUAAUCUCAUCAUCCAAUCAUAAGAAUAUUUUUGUGGAUAACUGACCUUUGGGUUGUACUUCGUUUUGUUGAAUUGAAGGAUCUAAUACCAAGUUACAACUACACCAUAUCAAAUACCACACAAAUAUGAGAAAAAAGAAAAUAAGGCUAUUUUAUUGACCAAGCGUGCAAUCUAUUUAAGAUACCGAUACGUGUGAAUUCUAUUAUUAUUAGGGAAAUAAUUGAUGUACAGCAAAUGGUUGUCUAUGCUAUGUACAUUUGUCCUUUAGCACAGUUUUUAUAGAUAAAAAGAUUAACAGAAGAAUAAUAUCCGAUUUCAGCAUGGGUCAUAGCUGACAGAGUAACACGUAUGCAUCACUACCUUGUUAACCCUUAAAUGACAGAGCUUAAAACAGCAGUGCAGUGUUCUUUGUGGGUAAGAUUUGCUUUUUGGUUGUAGUGAGGUUAUUGUUUUGGAAAAUAUCAAACAGUUCUUGUGAGGAAGGAUAGUGUGUAUAGAUAUUUCAAAAUAGAACUUUAAGUUCAUGCUAAAUUUACAAAAGUAAAGUAUUUUGGGAUUAAGUGGGAGAUCUUCUAUUGAUAACCUGUGAUCUUGUCCACCAUACAAAAAUCUGAGACUUCCCACUAGAUUUUAAAAUUUUAAGGUCAUCUUAUUUCAAAAUAUUGCACUUAAUUAAUACUACAGUCAGUAGACACUUCUUUGAUGUGUAAUUUGCUCCAUGCUUU